AAUUAUUGGGUCGGGCCUGUUGAUGAAGUUUAGGCCCGAGUAUCCAAUCCCCAGAAUUUUAAGUAUGAUGAGCGAAUUUGGGGUUAGGGUUUUGGGCAAUUCGCUGCAGCACUCUCCACCCGAUCAAAAAUGUCGAAGAAGAACAAUUUGGCUCUCCGCAGAAAGCAACACGAAUUCGAUCUCCAAAGAGAGAAGCAAGCGAAGGAACAGAAGGAGAAGAAGCUACAAGCCAAAAAGGACAAGAUGAAAGUGGAUGGAAAGAGCAAGAAGAAAGGUGGCAGUAAAUUCAAAGUUGGGAAGAAGAAAUUGAAGACGAAAUUGACGCCAUUGGCAAAAGCCAAAGCUGCACAAGCUAUGGAGGUUGACAAUUAGGAGCACUUGUAAAAUGGUAUGAUCAUAUUUACAAUGUUUGGAGCAGUACUCAAUUAAGUUGUUAAUGAACUUAAUGGGAAGAUUAAUGUUGAAUUUUUCUUCGAUCUCCAUGUGUGUUUAUCUGGUUAAAUUUCCAUUUUUCGUCUAUUUCCAACGGAGCUCAAAGGCUCAUUAUUGUCAAUGUUUUAGUUUCAAGCACACAAUCAACUAAAUCAAAAUGGAACAAUAAACUUCUCUUGUUUUU